AGUGCGCUCGGCGCGCGGCCAGCGCGGCUCCGCUCCCUGCUCCUCCUCCUGCCGGGCCCGCAGGGGACAGCGACAUUCACCAGGCGCCUCCGUCCCGGCGCUGCCCCGCGCCCCCGCCGCUCGUGCUCAGGCAUGGCUGACCUGGACCACUCCCUGAGCCUGGCCGACGCUCUGACGGAGCCGCCCCCGGACGUGGAGGAGGAGGUGAAGAGAGAUUUCAUCGCCACGCUGGAGGCUGAGAAGUUUGAUGACGUGGUGGGGGAGACUGUGGACAAGACAGACUACGUGCCCCUGCUGGAUGAUGAGGAGCAGGCCAGGCCUGGCUCCCAGGAGCCCAAAAGCAAAGGCCACGUGGACGGCAUUGCCGUGGAACAUUCCUCAGCCUCGGGGCCCAUGGUGGUGGAGAACGGCGACCACGGGCUGCAGGACCAUCACACAGUAUUCCCAGGAGAAAUCAUGGAUGAGAAGAUGUCCUACAAAGAGUUCCUGGAUCGCAACGACACCUGGUCAGCAGAGGAGAGGGACCUGUGCUUCAAGCCCAUGGACAUGGCUGACCCCUUCAGCAUGCACGGAGGGGAGAACCUGCCCGAGCUGUCCUUCCCCACGGACAUGAAGAGCGCGCCGCUGUUCCCGGGCCACGCUGACGCUGCCAGGGACAUCCUGGCUCCACAUGGAUCCAUGAUGGGACCUGAACAGCCUUUCCUGGGGUCCCUGUAUUCCCCUGCAGAGGCUCUGGACCCGUCGGCCUUCAUAGGCCUUGAGUCAGGCACAGAAUUCCUGCCAGGAAAAGCAGCCCCUGAAGAAUACUGGAUGGGAGCUCAGCAGGACAUGAAGGGACCAGAUACCUCUUACUUUGUUGAGCCACCAGUGCCCCCUGCAGCCACAGAAGCCAUAAGGACGAGCCUGCCCGAGAGCCCCACGGCAGCAGCAGCCCCGGGGAGCCCCCCUGCCGCAGCCCCAGCCCUGCCAGCAGAGGCUGCAGCCCCCGAGGGAGCCAAGGCUGCAGCUCCAGGUGCAGCCUCUGUUCCCACCACCGACACCGCGUCCCAUCCUGCAGAGAAAGCUGGGGCUGGCCCUGCUGGAGACGCCAAACCUCCCCAGAGUCCUGCAGCAGCAGCAGGCAGCCCUCUCCAGGCCACAGAUGGGGGCUUUGCUCCUGCACCUGAAGCCAGCCCUGCCAGAGGUGUCAAUGACGUGUUUGCCCCGGCAGCAGAUGCUGGAUCCCACCAUGGGGUGGAUUUGGGGUUUGCUCCAGCAGCAGGUAUGGAGUCCCACCAGGCCGUGGAUUUGGGAUUUGCCCCAGCAGCAGGUGUGGAGUCCCACCAAGCCAUGGAUUUUGGAUUUGCCCCAGCAGCAGAUGUGGAGUCCCAUCAGAACAUGGAUUUGGGGUUUGCUCCAGCAGCAGGUGUGGAAUCUCACCAGAACAUGGAUUUGGGAUUUUCCCCAGCAGCGGGUUUGGAGUCCCACCAGAACAUGGAUUUGGGAUUUGCUCCAGCAGCAGAUGUGGAGUCCCAGCAGACCAUGGAUUUGGGGUUUGCCCCGGCAGCAGACACAGAACCUCACCAUACCUUGGAUUUGGGAUUUGCUGCAGCAGCAGAUAACAAAGCUCAGCACGUUCUGGGCUCUGAGUUUGCCCCAGCAGCAGAAGUCAACCAUCACCAUGGCCUGGAUUCUGGGUUUGCUCCUGCAGCUCCAGCCAAGCCUGUCCCUGCUGUGAAUGGUGGGAACGUGGCAGCUCAGCCCAGCAUUGCUGUGUCUGGGGAGCUGCUGACAUCUGAGGCUGCCCUUCAGCAGGACAAGGCUGCUGCAGCUGAAGCAAAAGGAGCACUAGACAAUAAAGACCUUCCAGAAAAAUCUGCUCCUGCUGAGAAUGGUGAGACACAGAAGGAGGAGGCUGAGCACAACCACGUCCAACACGCAGAACCUCAGGAAGGGAAAGCCCUGCAGGAGCCCACAGCACUGGUGGAUGGAUUUGGGGUAGAUCACACAGGUGUUGGGGUAAAUGCCUACCCCAGCCCUCCUGAGGUGGCUCUGGUGUGGUUCCAGUGGGAAAUCCUGCCUGAUGCUCCUCAUGCUGGGGAGGUUCUCCUGAAGGACGCUCCAGUGUCAAAGGCUGAGGGGGAUAAACCUCAAGAGAAAACCAAGGAAAAGGAUUCUCCAGCUAAAACCAAAGAAAAGGAGUCUCAGGACACAAAUAAAGAAAGAGAAACUCAAGAUACAACUAAGGAAAAGGAAUCUCAGGACACCUCUAAACAAAAGGAAUCUCAGGACAGAAUUAAAGAAAAGGAAUCUCAGGACACAACUGAAGUAAAGGAAUCUCAAGAAGUAACUAAAGAGAAGGAAUCUCAGGACACAACUAAAGAAAAGGAAUCUCAAGAAAUAAUUAAAGAAAAGGAAUCUCAAGACACAGCCAAAGAAAAAGAAUCUCAGGACACAACCAAAGAGAAGGAAUCUCAAGAAGUAACUAAAGAGAAGGAAUCUGGAGCCCCAGCUAAAGAGCCAGAAGAAGGAGAGCAGAAAGUGGUGAAAGAGGCAAAGAAGGAGAGAGUGAAGGCAGCAGAGCAGCUCAAGGGCUACAUGAGACCCACCAAGGCGCGGGGGGUGCCAGCCCUGGUGCCAGCCCUGGCGGGCCGAGCCGUGCCCCGGCGCAUGGACAGAGGUGUGUGUGUGCCCAGGGCUGCCUGCCUGCCCUGGCACGAGCCCCAGCGGGCACCCAGCGUGGCAUGA